AAAAAAAAAAACCAAUUUGUCUCUAACGGCUAGCCCUCUCUUCUUUCAAUUUCAAAUUUCCCAAACACAAAAUACCAGAGAAAAAUCAUAGCAAUUUUCCGGCAAAAAACCUAACGGGAAACUUACAUUUUUCAUAGAUCGACUUCCUUCUUUUUAUUUGAUUUGUAGUUCCUUUCAAUUGAUUCAGUGUUAGAGUUUUUUUUUUCGUUUUCUAACGGCUUACUCUUUUUUAUCACUCUCACCCAAAUUCUAGGGUUUACAGUUCUCUUAUUUCUUGAUCGAUAAUAAAGAAAUGGAAAUUUCUCAAGAAAUCGAAGAUUACAUAAAAGAGACAAUAAAUGACACAUUAGGUCUCCCGAUCUCUACACAAACUCUUCAAUUAAAGCUUCGCGCCACCGAGGAUGCUCAUCGCCGAUUACGUGACCAGUACCUUCUUGUCGUUGAUAAAUUGCGUCAAAAAGAUCAACUCAUUGAUCGAGCCAAGGCGGAAGCGCAUAUGAAUGCUGUGGCGGUGAAGAAGUUUGUGGAGGAGAAUCAAAGAUUGGCGGCGGAGUGUGCGAACUUGGUGAAUCAGUGUACUAAAUGGGAGAGGGAGUGUUCACUGUAUGAUCGUGAUAGAGAGGCUUUAAUGGACUUUGGAAAUGAGGCUGAUGAGAGAGCCAGAGAGGCUGAGUUAAAGGUUGGUGAAAUGGAAGAGAUGUUGGGGAAGAUGUACGAGGAAUUGAAGUUGUACAAGCACCUGUAUUCGACACAAGGGGAUAAUUCACCUGUUAAGACCAUAGAUGUGGAACAAAAUUUACUUGAAUCCGUUUUAUCAACAUUCGUUGGUGAAGAUGAAGUUGAAUUAGGCUAUUCAUUUUUGGAGACCAGCAGAGGAAAUGAAUCAUAUCAAAAAUUGCAUAGAAUGUGGAAUGGCUUGAGGCCAUCAACUCAGAGAGUUUUAACUUUGGUUGCUAAAGUAAAGACGCUUCAGAAAGGCAAGGAUCAUCUCCUGGUCAAUCUUAAUAAAGCUGAAGAUGAGUUGAAUUUGCUGUCUAAAGAGAACAAGAUAUUGAAUGCGGAGAACCACAAACUAUUGAAGCAACGCCAGCGAGAACUGAACGUUGAUGGUUCAGGUGGAAUGCAUACCAACAGUGUAUCUGCUAAGGGGAACAAGCGGAAAUCAAGUCCGAAGUGUUCCAGUCCUAUCGAGAUGAAGAUUUACAGUCCUAUUGAGAUGAAGUAUGAGACGAAGGAUGUUGAUUCAGGGAGACGGCCACUAUCUCCUUUGCGGCAGAACUCCCCCGAGUUUAGGAUGAAUAAGAAGAAAAACUGAUUUUACUAAUAUCUUUAAUUUCUUACUCUGUAUGUCGGAUAGCAGGCAUUAUUGACAGUAUCUUUUUGUCAAGUUGAGUACAUGUCUAAACUUGGCUAUAACUGAUUUGGAAAUGGAUGGAAUGUUCCUUUCUCUUGAUAAUUGAUUUAUGAAGUUCAUAUGCAA